CCACCAGACAUCCUCGACGCAAGGCAUACCAUAAGGCACAUAGACUGAUAGUCACACACAACCUUUACGCUGGAGCAACUACAUAUUCAGCUGCUAUACCCCAAACGGCCACCAUAAUGCCUUUUUCCAAGUUCAGCAGCAGCAGACGCACGUCGUCCCCGAGCGCUGACAGUACCAACUCAUCUCGCACAUCUAUAGACGAGACCCUAUUGGCAAACACUCUGCCACUCGCACCUCGCGAAGACAACUACGCAAUGUCGGAGGAGACUCGCCAGCAAAGACUGCUCGCAAAGUGCAAGAGGAUCAACAUGGAGCCAUGGAAGAGCGCAAAGCCUCUCUCUGCAGGACGAGAGUGAGCUGAGAGGCCACACCUACAAACAGUGCCAUGCAUCUCAACUAGCAUGGCGCGAAGGCACACGGCCGAGGAGCGCAGAACAAACACAAUCGAGCAGGAUAUGCUACAAGGGAAUUGCCAGCGCUGACCAUUCAGUGCCGCACAGAGAUGGAAAAGGCGGGGAGGACACUGCGAUACCAGGCACGAUCUAGACCGAGCUUGCACAGCUUGACCGCUCCAAACACCAACAGCAGAGCGGCAGCACAUGCAGGGUUUGAGAGCUGUUGCAACGGAGCAGUUGGAGGGAUUCGAAUCGGUUGAGGAAUGCAGCAAUGAGCUGGAAAAGUUUAUGGAGGAUGGAGAUCGUCUUGCCUUUUCCAAACUAGACAAUCGCAAUAAUGUCUAAUGACUACUCAGAAUGGAAGUUGUG